AUGGACGCACUGGCUUUGUUCAAUGGCAAGAACAUCGGCGCUGUGAUCGACAACAAAGAACUCGAUCUACUAGGCCGACUGUCUCAGACCCACCUCGCAGACUUCAAGUCCCAGAUCCAGCAAUGGCUAGACGCCGAGUUCAGCCGUGACGAAGGAUCUUUUCGAGGAAGAGGUCCGGUCCAGCCAGGACCGCACGAUCUCUGUCGUCUUUCCAGGUAUCCAUGGGAUCUCUGGAACCUGAUUACAAAGGACUACGACGCAGCAAGUAAAUCGAUUGAGCGGCGUAUUGCAACGCUUAUGGACCAGCUCGACACGUUGUCCGAGCUUGAUGAGUACAAGGAUACGGUGCGGAUCCUGGAAGAGUGGAAUGGGAAGCUCCGCGAGGUGGCUAGGGAGUGGAGUCAUAGCACUCUCUAUGCGGGCAUUGAGGAGGAGAAUGGUUUAGGCAAGAACCUGGAUCAUGGGUGGGAAAAUAUUGAGGAGCCUUGUGUUGAGAGUGGGUUCCAGGUCAUGAUGUCAAAGGAGAAGAAACCGAACGAAAUGCAUUUGGGUGCUUCAGCUCACCGGCUCAUGGCUGCGGAUAUCUACCAUGGGAUUGAUAUUCUGUUGAAUUCGAAGGGCGUAUCAAUGAGAAGCCAUAUUCUUCAGACAAACAACUCAAAAACGAGAAGGGAAAAAAAAGAAAAAGAAAAAAAGAACGGUGACAAAUAUGACGUCUCGCAAGUGCCCGGGAAGGGGUGUAUAGCAAUGAUGUCGGUACCCGAGGAUCAAACGCAGAGGACCCGACUAUACUUGAUGCGGGUGAGCAAUGGCCAGGUUCCAGUGAGCUGGACAAUCAAAGGGAGUGUGGAUCUGGACCCUUGA